AGCUAUUUCGGAAGAAGAAGGAAGAGAGGAGGAUAAAAAAGGCAAAAAUGGCGUUAAACGUCUUAACAUGUGGGCGUGCAUCUUCAGCCACGUCUAUGACCUUCGCUUCCACCAUUAAAGCUUUCGUCAGACCUUCUCUCUCCCUCUCCACCACUCGAUCUGCUUACUCUCCAUCGAAUCUUAACCUCCUUCGUUUCUCCGCUUCUCCUUCAUCGUUUUCGUCGCUCCUUCACUGUAAGCGAGGUUUCCACGGUGGUCGUGUUUUGGCAAUGGGUUCUUCUGCUCCUGGAUCGGUUAAUAAGCCAGAGGAAGAGUGGCGUGCGAUUCUGUCUCCUGAGCAAUUUCGGAUUCUGAGGCAGAAAGGCACCGAAUAUCCAGGAACAGGAGAAUACAACAAACUAUUCGAAGACGGUAUCUACUGUUGUGCAGGAUGUGGAACUCCUCUGUACAAAUCCGUCACCAAAUUCGACUCCGGAUGUGGCUGGCCAGCUUUCUUUGACGGCCUUCCCGGUGCUAUUAACCGAACCGCCGAUCCAGAUGGGAGAAGAAUCGAGAUCACAUGUGCGGCUUGUGGAGGACAUCUCGGUCAUGUUUUCAAAGGAGAAGGUUUCCCUACUCCUACCGAUGAGCGUCACUGUGUGAAUAGCAUCUCUCUCAAGUUCACACCUGGGAACCCAACCCUUUGAAGAAAUGUUCUUGUGUUGUGUGAUGAUUCUAAGUUCUAUCUCCCUGUCUCUCUCGUUCGGUGUUUUGUCUUGCUUUGUAAAACUAGUGUUUCGUUUCAACGGCUAGUAAUAAAUAAAGGUCGUUGAAUAAAAUCUUGAGACUUCGUAUAUAUUAGAUUUUACCCAAGCUGGUGAAAAUUAAUAAAGUUAGCUGGUUCGUA